UCAGCAGGAAUGCCGCGGGAAUGCGUUUCCCUCCACAUAGGUCAGGCAGGAGUACAGAUUGGGAGAUCUUGUUGGGAGCUGUAUUGUUUGGAGCACGGUCUGGGGAAUGAUGGAACACUCAAAGAGGGGCAUGACUCAGAGUCUAGCGAUCUGACGACAUUGUACUCGGAGGCAUCAAACGGGAAAUAUGUGCCCAGAGCACUUUUUGUGGAUUUCGAACCAACCGUGGUGGACGAAAUAAGAAAUGGACCGUUUUCAAAACUAUACAAUCCUAGCAACAUGAUAACAGGAAUGGAGGAUUCGGCAGACAACUUUGCUCGAGGGUAUUACACGGAGGGAAGGAAGCAUAUCAACAAAGUGUCAGAUCAAAUGAGAAAGAUGAUAGAGGCAUGCGAAUCAGUUCAGGGAUUUCUAAUGUUCAGAUCGUUCGGCGGCGGUACAGGGUCGGGUUUUACUUCACUUCUAGUCGAGGAGCUCUGCACAAACUAUGGGAAGAAAAUAAAACUGGAGUACGCUAUCUACCCUUCACCUACGGUGUCUACAUCCAUAGUAGAGCCAUACAACAGUAUCCUUACUCCCCACCAAACUGACGUGUGCUUCAUGAUGGAUAACGAGGCUAUCUUUGAUAUAUGCCAGAAGAAGAUUGAUAUUGAGUGGCCUACGUAUGAUAACCUGAACAGACUUAUCAGCCAGGUAGUGAGCAGCAUAACUGCUAGUCUGCGGUUUAAAGGGUCCCUGAACGUGGACCUGAACGAGUUCCAGACUAACCUGGUACCCUACCCCCGCAUACAUUUCCCUUUAAUUAAUAUGAGUCCCCUCAUAUCACGUGAACGCAUAAACCACCAGAGUUACACAACGGGUGAGGUUACAAGCGAGGUGUUCGAGGAAAGCAGUCAGAUGGUCAAGUGCAACCAAAAGCGAGGAAUGUUCAUGGCUUGCUGCCUACUAUUUAGAGGAGACUUCAAUACAACCCACAUUAAUUCCGCUAUUACAAACAUCAAGUGCAGAAAAGAUAUACACUUCGUCGACUGGAUACCCACUGGCUUCAAGAUUGGAUUGAAUGGAUCUGCCCCCAUGGUUUUCCCUGACGACGAGCUUGCCCAGGUGACUAGAUCGUGCACUAUGCUAAGCAAUUCAACAGCAGUAAAGGAAGCGUGGGAACGACUACAUGACAAGUUCAAGAGCAUGUACAAUAGACGAGCGUUCGUCCAUUGGUAUGUAGGGGAGGGUAUGGAAGAGUCAGAGUUCACAGUUGCCGAAGAAAGCAUUACGGAACUUAUUAAUGAAUACGAAGAACUGAGUACUGCGUGUGAAGAGGGUGGCGAUGAUAGUUAUUAA